AUGAGCCAACAACAGGCUCAUCAGCAGCCCGGGCAGGGCGACCCCGUGGUCGAGGCCCUGCGCGGGGAGGUGGCAAACCUUAGCGGUUUGCUGGAGAGCCAAGCGCAGCAGCUGCAGGCUACGAUUGGCGAGCUAGGGCCUAGCUGCGCCACGGCGGCACCCGCCCCUGCACCCGCGCAGGCGAGCGGUGGAGGGCACUUGCUCAAGAGCAUGCGGCUCCCGACCUCCCUUAAGGGGCGAGACGACUGGGAGCGCUUUGCCUUCCAAGCAGAGUCCUACCUGGCGGUCGUAGACACCAUGUAUCCAGCAGAGCUCGAGGUGGCUCGAAAGUGCAAGGUGCCACUCCAAAUGGCAGCCAUGACCGAGGAAGUGCGGACCCUUAGUGUCCGCCUCUUCGGCAUGCUGGGCAGCUGGACCCAGGACUCCGCCACAGCUGUGAAGCUGGCGCGCGGAGUGAAGGGCCAGAAUGGGUUUGAGCUCUGGCAAAACGAGUCCAAGAACCUCACCUGGAGGCGGACCCUGCUGAUGCCGAAAUUCCCUCCAAAGGAGAGCGACUUCUCCUUGGCUCUGCAGGAAUGGGAGGCAAAUGUGGACCGCUACGCCUCCGAGUAUGGCGCAGGGCGCGCCCUAGCAGACGAGGAUCUGCGGGCAGUGCUGGUGACCGAGAGCCCCAACGCUCUUCGGCAACACCUCGCUAUGCACGCGGCGAGUCUUUCGACUUAUGCCGAUGUGAGGGAAGUAGUGGUGAGCUACUUGCAAGCCAAAAGGGUCUGGACCCCGAGUGCGGGCUACGCCGCCUCUUCUCGAAGGGACCCUCACGCCAUGGACAUUGGCAGAAUAGGGGACCGAGACGGAAAAGAAGGGAAGGGCAAAGGCGACAAAGGCAAGAAAGGGGACAAAGACCACAAAAAGGGCAAGGGCGACCACGACAACAAAGGCAAGAAGGGGGACAAAAAGGGAAACCAGCAAGGAGGCAGAGACGGCAAAGAGAGAUGCCCAAUCUGCUGGAAAACAGGGCACACCGUAAAAGAGUGCUGGUUUAACGCCAAAGGAAAAGGCAAAGGCAACAAGGGCCAGGUGGCCCAGGUGGCCGACGACGCGGCCACGACGUUGUCAACAGCCUCCUUGGCGACUGCGGGCCCCUCCGCGUCCCAAGCCGAAGCACCGGCGGCUCUGGCGGCAAAGGACACCGAGCCAGAGGAGGACAAGAUCCUCAAGGUGUCGGGGAGUCUUCUCGUGGACUCCGGGGCGUGUGUGUCUGUGUGCAGGCCCGAGGCGUUUCCCGACCUGCAGCCCGCAGGCCCACCAAAGAGCCUUUACUCGGUGGACAACAAUCGCCUAAAGACAAAGGGCCGUGCUCAGCCGAGCCUCCUCUUAGGGGAGGAGCGUCAGUCCUGUAAGGUCAACUUCGAGGUGACCGAGGACAUAGAGGACGAAAUCCUCAGUAUCAGCCGUGCUGUUGAGGCCGGUGCGGGCAUUUGGCUCCACCGAGAGGACAGCCACAUUUUGUGGCCCGACGGCGUCCGAGCCUCGAUCCUCAAGAGAGGGUCACAGUUCCUCCUACCCUACGAGCGGGAGCUCCCGCCGGGGUCAACAAACCGGGUGGCACCGGUGGCGGCAGAGCCACCGAGCCCAGGCCGAGACCUGGGACACUACGACUACAUCCCGGAGCACGACCUCGAAGCUCGAGAGGUGGAGGACGCGGCGAUGGAAGCAGCAGCCGACGAAGAGGCCGAAGCUGCUGAAGAGGAGGAGGCUGCGGGUAACCCCGCCCCUCUCGAGGAGCAGGCCGAGCAGCCUGACUCAAGGCCACGCGGCCUCAGGGCACCGCGCAACCCCACGGCGCAGGAACGCGCCGAGCACGAGCUCACUCACACGCCUUACCAGGCGUGGUGCGAGAAGUGCGUGGAGGGAAAGGCGCGCGAGGACCCACACCGCCGCCGUGAGCCCUCAGAUGAUCCGGUGACGCCGCUUGUCACCAUGGAUUAUCAUUUCUACAGCCGGGACGGGAAAGAAGUUGAGGAAGAAGCGUCGCUUGCCACGGUGCUGAACCUCACAGACAGGGCCACUGGCUGGACUCUGUCCGUUCCCGUGGCGCACAAAGGGCACAGACACGCGGCUUACGCCGCAGGGCUUGUGGAACAGUUUGUGGAUCGGCUGGGGUACGACAAGUUUACCCUACAGGCCGACCAGGAGAAUGCCAUAGCCUCUGUGGCCCGUGCGGUCCACCGCCGGCUUGGAGCUGCUAGGGUGCGUCUUCGGGACGCCCCUCGCGGGUCACACCAAAGCCAAGGAUCCGUGGAGAGAAGGAACGCACACCUGGCAGGUGAGGUUCGCACUUGGCUUUCGCAGCUAAGAGCGGACUACCCCGCCUUAGAGUGGGACACCCCGUCAAACCUGUUCCCGUGGCUGGUCAGGCACGUGGCCUGGCUGCAAGCCCGGUUCGGGACUAAGUCAACAGACGGGGUGACACCAUAUCGGGCAGCCACUGGCACCGACUAUGGUGGAGCACUUUGCUCCUUUGGAGAAACCGUUCUAGCGAAGCUCCCAAGGCCCGGGAACAAAGCGCAAGUGCGCUGGGUCAAAGGGGUCUGGGCCGGCAAGCUGGAGCGCGACGACUCCCACGUGGUGCUAACCGAAGCCGGCGCACUCAACGUGAGGAGCGUCAGGCGACUCCCGCCGGAGACCCGGCACCAAACGGCAGUCGUCCUCAAAGCGUGCGGCCUGCCUUGGAACCCCAGAUUUGGCCGCACAGCGCCAGCAGAGCGCAGCGAGCCGAUCAUGGUGCCAAUCCCUCUGGCCACGCCGGCCCAGGAAGUGGAGCGGCUAGAACCGCCCGGUGAGCCCUGGCUCUUCAACGACGAGCCUCGGCCCGACGACGAGGCCCUCCUGGUCGAAGGGGCCGAGCAGGCCAGCAGGCUCCCGGACGCUAGCCCCACAGAGGAGCUAGCUAACGCAGACAUACCGGACUACGACCGCGAAGGGGGGCAGAAACGCGACUCUGCGGGUUCCUCCGCGAGCGCAGCGGCAGCACAGCAGCCGCCUGCAGCAAAGAGCCGCACGGAGCCCAAGAAGGCACCGCGGCUAGGGGCGCUCACUGAGCGCGAGGUGUGGCAGCACAUCGCUGCCUUAGCCGACCCGCCGCUCACCAACCAACAGGGCGAGCGGGACGCGUGGGUCGGGCAGGUGACAGACCUGCUAGACCGCAUGCUUGACUCUAAGCAGGUCGAGCAAGCACGCAAACAGCAGCUGAGAAAGCUGUGGGACCGAGGCGCUUUCACGCCUGUGCUGCGGUCUGAAGUACCGCGCGGGGCGCAGCUGUUCAGCGCAAAGUGGGUUGACAAGUGCGACAAGGGAAGGUACAAGUCAAGGUGUACCUGUGCCGACGUCAAGGCCCGCUACAGCCCCGAACAGGAAGCUGGCUUGGACGUUUUCGUCCCAACACCGACGCCCGAGAGUCAUUCCUUGUUGGAGGUAGCAGCGCUACACAACGAGGGGUGGGUCACAAGGUCUUUGGAUAUUGUGGCCGCCUUCCUCAUAGGGAAGGACCGCGGUGCGGCGGAGGGCCGCCCGGUCUACAUGCACGCGCCUGUCGAGUGGCGCGAGCUCUUCGACCAAUGGGUCUUGGAGCAGCCAGCAAAAGACCAGCAGUGGUACCGAGACCACUUCCGGGACUUUGUGUUCCGAGUGGACGGAAACCUCUACGGCCGAAGAACGGCUGGGUCCGUAGGCGUGAAGGACCCGUGCGUGUUCCUAGACCGCCGGUCCGGCCCCAAGGCCGCAGUGCUCAAGUUCACCGAUCUGGGCCUUCCGGCGCACUGUGAGAUAACGGUGGGGGAACUGGAGGAGCCGGGCACAGCGGUGGAGGUCCUGGGCAGGACCAAGGUGCGCACUGAGGACUCUAUCCUCACGCUGCCCGACAGCAAGCACGCAGAGAAUGUGUGCGAGCAGCUGGGCAUCGGUCCAAAAGACAAGGGGACCGUGCCUAGCAGACCUCUAGACGUGACCAAGGUCGAGGAGCUCUCUGCGGGUGACGCCGCGAAGUUCCGCAGCGCCGUGGGUAGUGCUAUCUACCUGUCGGCAGACAGGCGAGACAUACAGUUCGCCGUGAAAGAGCUGGUCUACUCAGACUCCGACUGGGCGGGGUGCCUAGAAACGAGAAGGAGCACAGACAACAUAGUUGCCUGUCUCGGUGGAGCAGUCAUCCAGACAAGCUGCCAGACACAGCCCGGCCUCCCCGCAACCUCCAGCGGAGACGCGGAGAUCCGGGGAGUGUCGCGAGCAGCAAGGGAGGCCGUCUUCCUACGAGAGCUUGCGGAGAAAGACUUCGCCCUGGCCUGCGGUGUGCCGCGGCUAUGGGCAGAUUCCGCAGCUUCGAUCGGAGCCGCCAAGCGCAUAGGACCAGGGUCUAAGUUGAGACACCUGGAAGUUGCAGAAUUCUAUGUACAAGGUGCGCUCAGAGCCAAACUUCUCGAAUUGAGAAAAGUUAAGGGAACCGAAAAUCCGGCAAACUUCGCUACCAAGCACGCGAAGACUGGACCGGAGGUGCGGCAAUCCCUGCCCUCCAUGGGCAUGGUGGACCUCGAUGCGGUCGCAGGCGCCACCGAGGCUCUGGCCCAAAAGGGCACGAUCAAGUCGAUCCAGGCAAGCACCUGGAAGAUGAGACCGCCGACCAAGCUCACGAGCUCGGCCCUCAUGGCCACAAUCGUGGCGCUGCAGGAGCCGGAGCCCGAGGAUGAGAUCGAGCACCACGCUGAGCGUGCCGAAGAGCCGCGCAAGAACAAGGAGGUGGGCACCAGCCCAGGGGGGCUCAAGAGCCAGAACUUGGAGCCGGUUCGCAGGGCCGCGGAGCUCCUCAAGCGUGUGGGAUCGGGCGGCACGCGCAGUGUCAGGCUCAGGAGCUCGCACAGCUGCCUCAGCAGCAGCGAGAAGGCAUGGCCACUCACCGCGACGGAAAAGCUCACAGCGGCGCUCGAGCUCGGCUGUGGGGAUGCGAGCCUCAGCUGGGGCGCGGCAGUGCGCAGCGUGCUGUGUACUUGCACCGGCAGGCUCUCCAGCGUUAGGACGCGCUUGCGAAGCGUGGCCGCGAGAUCUAUGGCAUCAAGCGUUUGCAAGCCGGCUUGGAAGGCCGCCUUAGCGCAGAGCACCCGUCGCUGGGAUGCUGUGAGGGAUUCGGGCGCGGGCUGUUCUGCUGCCUGCGGUGGGCCAGCGUCCUCCGCAUCGGGCAAGGGGUGCGAAGGUGCAGCGCCCUCGCCCACGGCCCCGGCCUCCGCGCCGUCCACGUCCUCGGGCUCGGCGCUCUCCCUCAACGACUCGCGCUGCCGCAAACCUGACGAAAUCGUCGCCCUGCUCGCCGUCACCAUAAUCGACCGAUGGCGGCGGAGAGCCACGAUGGGAGUUCUCGCCAUGGCAGACUGGCGGGGCAGCCGGUACUUCCAGUGGCGGAGGCUGCGCAUCACUCCGCUGGCGCACCGCUGCAGGCGCAGCAGCGUCAGCAGAGGUUCCGAUGUCGACUUGUGGGGGCAGGCCAGGCACGUCGAAGGGCUGGGCACAAAGCGUCUCGAUGAGUCGUGCAAGGGCCUGCGGGCCCACUAG